CUGGGGGCUUCCUUAUGCCAGCUCGAGGCAGCACAGGCUUUGCAGUUCAGUCUUCUACUUCUUGCCGGAAGCUCAGCCAUUGAUGUAGCGACAUCAGCUGGAGUCGGACGGCGUUUAGGUUCUUCUCUGAGCUCUAGCUGGGGCUGACUUUGCAGCAUUGGCAUUGGAAAAGCAGCAAACAUCCAGUUAGUUGCUAGUAGGCUAAGUUUCUCUACGCUGCGAUUUGGGCGUCAUUUCAGCUCGACAAAGCGCGUCCCCCAUCUGAGCUUGACAAAAAUCAGUGCAUUGGGUCGCGCGAGCAAGGCACUACAACGAUGGCAGACAGCAAGGCCUUGUUUCUGACUCAUGGGGCCCUCAUGUUCCUCGCCUUUGGCGUCUUCUUCCCGCUCGCCAUCAUCGCCGUCAAAGCCCUCCGAGGCUCCACGCGACGAUUUGUGGCCGUUCACAUUGCCCUCAACGUCCUCGGCUGGAUCCUAGCGACUAUCGCCAUCAUCAUAGCUUAUGCUAAAUUCGACGCCAUGGAUACCAUGCACGCGCGAAUCGGCACCACUGUCAUUAUCCUCGUGUGGCUCCAGCCUUUCGCCGCGCUCCUGAGGCCGAAAGUGGGAACCCCCAUCCGGCCGUUCUGGUUCGUGUUGCAUUGGCUGUUUGGCACGGGGAUCAUUGUGCUUGGGUGGGCCAAUAUAUUCUUCGGGAUCGACAUCUACCGGGACACCGGAUUUGCUGGCAAGGCCAGGAACAUCUACAUUUUGUACGGGGUCUGGAUCGGCAUCCUGGGUCUCAUCAUCCUCUUCCUGGACAAGCUUCCGCAACUCCCAGGGAUGGCACGUGGCGACAAUGACGUCAAGCCUGGCGUCAACGGUCAUCCGACCAUCCCCAAAGUGGGCGGCCCUACCAAAGAGUAUCACACAGAAGCACCGGCCAACGUUGUAUAA